AUGCUGCACCGUUGGUUGGUGUGGCAGUUCAUUUUUGAACGUCUUCGAUGCAUGCCUGGUUUGCUUGCAUUCCACAUGGAAUAUGAUUGUCUUAGAUUUCAGAAGCUUGACUCCUGUAUGAUCUCUGUACAUGCUGACAGAACUUUGCAAGACUUGGCAGGGCUUUGCACAUGUGAGAGCUAUGCCAGAAGCUUCAAGGUCGGAGGCAGACAUUUGGCUCCGCCAUCUCUUCGCCGUCCAGGAUCUCGAGGUCGUCUUCGACCAUGGCUGUUUGCGGCUUCACCAGGAAUCGACGCCAAGGUCAAGGUGAACGACCAGAUGUCUUUCUCAACGACGCUCUGA